AUGGUCCUGCAAGGUUGCAAGGUUUUGAUUUCACACUAUGUAAAUUACGUCUCACCCACAGUGGCUCCUGCUCUGAACCUGCGCGUGCGGGGAGUGACGGAGCGUACCAUUGACCUGGAGUGGGAGGGGUCGGUGUUGAUGACGGACUACCUGGUCACCUACAUGGCCACCAGCCCAGGUGGGGUCCAGCUGGAGAUCAGGAUCCCUGGGAACACUACCACCUGCAGUAUCCCAGACCUGGAGCCUGGCAUCGAGUACAACAUCAACGUUUACGCUGUGCUCAACAACGUCAUCAGUGUCGCUACCAACGCUCAGGUGUCAACCUGUGAGUACAACAGGCAGCCAUUUUCUAUAAUUUUAUUCAGGCCUCAUCAUACCAAGUGGACCUACGCUUAAAGGGGCAAUCUGGUGAUUUAUAAUUUACAUUCUUCAAGAAUCAAUGGGUAGGCCUAUAUAUAAAUAAUAAAACAUUCUCAAAAUGUAUGUACCAAUCGCAGAUUACCCCUUUAAGUCAUUUACAUUUACAUUUACGUCACUUAGCAGACGCUCUUAUCCAGAGCGACUUACAAAGUCCUCCACAAUGUAUUUAUUUUCUGCUUAGUUUUCCUUUCAGGUGUCAACAGAUUGCCACCUUCUACUUACAAUACUUCUUCCUUUUCAGUAAAAUGGUCUAAGAAGGUUGAGUGUACCGUCACAGACGGGUGAGAUGCAGUAUCAAAACACUUUUCACACACAUAAGGGACUGCAUGAUGGAUGCUAUGAAAAAAACAUGCCACUUAUAUUUCACCUUCAAACAAAGUAACCAUUAUCAUACAUUAUCCUAGGUGUACAUCUUGUCCUCACUUAAACACUUCUCAAGUGUUUGACAACAACAAUGCAAAAACUCACAUAUACGUUCACAGCCACAUCUUGAGUGAAAUCCUGUUGGAAGGAGGACGCCGAUCUUUGCCAACAGGAUGUGAUUAGACUCCUGCCUCCUGCAGGGUAUAAAUGUCAGAUUGGCAAAUUGCUGCAGGCUCUUAGUUUCCAGUCAAUGCUUCUCAGACAUAUGCAAAACUCACACUCCGGCCCAGAAUGGAAAGCAUUAAAAAAAUAUAUUAAACAUGCAUUUAUCUGUCCUGGAAUGAUUGUGCCUUCGCUAAAAGUUACAAUUCUCAUCAGCAGGCAACACUCCUGGUUCUGACAUGAUCACUAAUUUUGAAAUAAUAAAGUCAAUUCAGUAGAGGAAAUUAAAGCUGACAAGAGUAUGUUCAUGCAAUUCUGCUCAAGGUUUUUUCUACCUAUAAUACAGUAUAGUUGUGAAGCUUUACUUAGUUAGUUAUUUGCAUAUCUAUUUUAGUCCUUCUGAUUAGGCCUCAUCUAGUGGGCCUCCCGAGUGGCGCAGUGGUCUAAGGCACUAUCCCAGUGCUAGAGGCGUCACUACAGUCCCGGGUUCAAUCCUGGGCUGCAUCACAACCGGCCAUGAUUGGGAGUCCCAUAGGGCGGUGCACAAUUGGCCCAGCAUCGUCCGGGUUAGGAGAAGGUUUGGCCAGGGGCGCUUUACUUGGCUCAUCACGCUCUAGCGACUCCUUGUGGUGGGCCAGGUGCCUGCAGGCUGUUGUCAGUUGAACAGUGUUUCCUCUGACACAUUGAUGCGGGCGGGUGUUCACAAGCACGGUUUGGUGGGUCAUGUUUCGGAGGAUGCAUGGCUUGACCUUUGCCUCCAGAGCCCAUUGCAGUGAUGAGACAAGAUUAAAAAAUAUAUAUGUGUAAGACUGAUCUAGUGUAUUUGGACAUUAUGUUUUCAUUAUGACAUGUUUAUAGAUCAAAGCUUACCCAAUGAAGAAAAUGUUUACAUAGGGGCUAUGCUAACCACCACAGUAUUCAACAGUUUGUUUAAAAGCAUUGGAUGUGCACCUGCUGCCUGGCCUGCCCUCCAAUAUGAAAGAAACAUGGUUUAACCACAGGGUGAGGUAUUCUUCCCCCUGCCCCUAUCCCCAGAGAGGAAUUGUCUCUGCCUCUGUAAAGAGGGUGAUUUAUUGAGCAUACAGAAGAUGGACGCCUAUAAUACAUCUCUCCUUGCCUCCUAGAUCUCUCAAAUCCAGACGGUUUACUCUUCAAAUCCAUCACGGAGACGUCCGUGGAGGUGCAGUGGCAACCUUUCUACUACUCAUUUGAUGGCUGGGAAAUAAGCUUCAUUCCCAAGGUAAGGUUUCACAGGCAGAGAGGACAGAUGUGGAUGGAUAUUCAACUUUAGCCGCAUACUGUAACUAAACCAUUUGAAUGAAUGCAGAGUGAAUGGUAGAUAUGAUUUGUUACUUUGUACCUACAAUCUCUGGAAUCCCAUAUACUGCAGAUAAUCUGUCUUGGUCUAGGGAUUUAGGUGAACAUAUUUCAGGGGUUGGAACCGGUUCAGGUAACAGAACCUGAAAAGAACAAAUCCAAACCAGGAUCCAAAGUUAUCUAUACUGUUCCGGAACAGAACCAUUAUUUUAAAAGCAUGGGAACUGGUUAUUAACGUUAUUUUACGUUCCGGGCAUUUUUCCCCCACAAAAAAACGCUACAAGGCGCCUAUGCAAAGCCCUAACUCUGUCACUCAGAAAUGUAUUCCAGUGUCUGACAGCUGAAAAUAUGUUCCUGUGUGUGUAGGCUACCUGCUCCUCCCACUCUGAUGUCACUGGGCUCUUCAGUAAGGCCAUUCUACUGCCAUGUUUGUCGAUGGAGAUUGCAUGGCUAUGUGCUCGAUUUUAUACACCUGUCAGCAACGGGUGUGGCUGAAAUAGCCGAAUCCACUAAUUUGAAGGGGUGUCCACAUACUUUUGUUUAUAUUGUGUACUUAAUUGUUACCCAGAAAUGAUUUGAUAUUGAGAUACAUUUUAAAAACAGCUGCAUUGGACCUUGUUAAAACCAGGGUUUGGAACCGGUUCAGGGAACAGAACAGAAAACCGGAAAAUAAAAUUUUCAAGGAACAAAAUCAGAACCGGGAAUGAAAGUGAUCUAUACUGUUCUGGAACAGAACCAUUCUUUUAAAAGCAUGGGAACCGGUUAAUAACAUUAUUUAACGUUCCGGGCAUUUUUUCCCAGUCCCACAAAAAACGCAACAAAGUGCCUAUGCAAAGCCCUCACCCUGUCACUUAGAAACGUAUUCCAGUGUCUGUCUGACAGCUGAACAUCUAUGCCAGUGUGUGUGCGUGUGUAGGCUACCUGCCACUCCCCCUCCGAUGCAUAUUCUACUGUAGCCUACUGACGUUACAAGCGUGAUUCAGAAAUUAGGGAGAGAGAUUUUUAAUUAGAGAAGAAUGGGUUAACUUUUUCAAUGCUAGUUAAGGAUACUAUAAUUGUCACGAUUCACAUUGGAUUUACUAACUACAAUAAUGCAUGUCAUAACAAGAUGCCCAGUGCUUCGGCCAAGCCUUCUCCUCCUCCACCCUCUCUCGCUCUCUCUCCCACCCGCAGAAUUUCAGUCGCAUCUCGCGCCCUAUACUUCCUUGUCUGUCCAUUGCGCAUGUAAACAACUAGCUAUAGCUUGCCCGCUCCAUAGCAAGCUGCCCUCUCCGCACUAAUUGGUGAAGUAAUUUAAUGUUGAGUGAAUGUAAGAAAAAAAGAUUUCAGAGGUUUUAAAAGGAACAGAAAGGAACCUCACUGAACAGAAAUAUAAAUUCAACAUGUAAAGUGUUGGUCCCAUGUUUCAUGAGCUGAAAUAAAAGAUCCCAGAAAUGUUCCAUAUGCACAAAAAGCUUACUUCUAUAAAACAUGUUGCACAAAUUUGUUCACAUCCCUGUUAGUGAGCAUUUCUCCUUUGCCAAGAUAGUCCAUCCACCUGACAUGUGUGGCAUAUCAAGAAGCUGGUUAAACAGCAUGAUCAUUACACAGGCGUACCUUGUACUGGGGACAAAAAAAGGCCACUCUAAAAUGUGCAGUUUUGUCACACAACACAAUGCCACAGAUGUCUCAAGUUUUGAGGGAAAUUGCAAUUGGCAUACUGACUGCAGGAAUGUCCACCAGAGCUGUUGCCAGAAAAUUAAAUGUCAAUUUCUCUACCAUAAGCCGUUUUAGAGAAUUUGGCAGUACGUCCAACCGGCCUCACAACCGCAGCCCAUGUGUAACCACGCCAGCUCAGGACCUUCACAUCCAGCUUCUUCACCUGUGGGAUGGUCUUAGACCAGCCACCCAGACAGCUGAUGAAAUUGUGGGUUUGCACAACCAAAGAAUUUCUGCAUAAACUGUCAGAAACCGUCUAAGGGUAGCUCAUCUGCGUGCUCGUCGUCCUCACCAGGGUCUUGACCUGACUGCAGUUUGGCGUCGUAACCGACUUCAGUGGGCAAAUGCUCCCCUUCGAUGGCCACUGGCAUGCUGGAAAAGUGUGCUCUUCACAGAUGAAUCCCGGUUUCAACUGUACAGGGCAGAUGGCAGACAGCAUGUAUGGCGUUGUGUGGGCGAGCGGUUUGCCGAGGUCAACGUUGUAAACAGAGUGCCCCAUGGUGGCGGUGGGGUUAUGGUAUGGGCAGGCAUAAGCUACAGACAACAAACACAAUAGCAAUUUAUCAAUUGUAAUUUGAAUGCACAGAGAUACCGUGACGAGAUCCUGAGGGCCAUUGUUGUGCCAAUCAUCUGCCGCCAUCACUUCAUGUUUCAGCAUGAUAAUGCACGACCCCAUGUCGCAAGGAUCUGUACACAAUUCCUGGAAGCUGAAAAUGCAUACUCACCAGACAUGUCACCCAUUAAGCAUGUUUGGGAUGCUUUGGAUCGAAGUGUAUGACAGCAUGUUCCAGUUUCCGCCAAUAUCCAGCAACUUCGCACAGCCAUUGAAUAGGAGUGGGACAACAUUCCACAGGCCACAAUCAACAGCCUGAUCAACUCUAUGCGAUUGAUGUGUUGCGCUGCAUGAGGCAAAUGGUAGUCACACCAGAUACUGACUGGUUUUCUGAUCCACCCCCCUACUUUUUUUAAAGGUAUCUGUGACCAACAGAUGCAUAUCUAUAUUCCCUGUCAUGUGAAAUCCAUGGAUUAGGACCUAAUGAAUUUAUUUAAAUUGACUGACUUUAUUAUAUGAACUGUGACUCAGUAGAAUCUUUGAAAUUAUUGCAUUUUGCAUUUAUAUUUCUGUUCGGUGUAUAUAAAUCAGUAAUUUUUGGGGGGUUCAAACCUGUUUAGAACUUUAUUUUGCAGGUCGGAACUGUGGAACGGAACUAAAAAAGUAAUGGUUCUGUUCAGAACGAAACGAUUGGAAAAUAAGUUUGGUUCCAACACCUGACAUAUUUUGAACAAAACAGAAGUUGGACAAAACAUGAAUCAACACAAUACAUAUUUUGACAUGUACCACGCCUACAGUUUUUAUGAAAAUAAACAAUUAUUCAGGAACAAGAAAAUACUCAGUCAACAUGCAUAUGCAGCUUCCCCAUAGAGAUGAAAACAUUCAGUCACUUUGGCUUCAAAACAUUCAGAACAGGGUUGGCAAUGUUCUGGGAAAAGCAGCAUGAUACUGUACACGGCAGUAUGCUGAAGAGCAACAACAACAAAAACAACAAACAAACUGUACAAUAAAACCUGUCUUUGUCAGCUCAGGUGGCUUCUGUCUCAGGAGGCUUUCUUUUGAAAUACAGUACCUACAUUAUAUUGCCAAACCAAAUUUAACAUGCAUUUUUGAUAUGCCAAUCCUUGGCUAGAUUUUGACUAGGAGGACGAUUAAUUUUUAUUUAUUUUAUUUAUUUGUAUUAACCCAUCCACCACCCCCCCCACCCCACCUCCCAGCCCCUCUUCGGAGGACAAAUAUAUUUUUUGCUUUUUUUUCACAGCUUUUAGGCUACAUAUACAUACAUUUUAUAUAUACAUUUUACAUACACUUUUAUAUAAAGCAGUCACAUAACAAUAAUACAUUACCAAACAUAAGCUCUUUAAUCCCACCCCUCAGCCACUCUCAACCCAUCCCACCUAUCACCAUAGACCACCCUCGUUUGGUUUCCAUGUUUUACAUACAUUUUGAACCUUUCUAAUCGUAUAGUAUCCACAGAUUGUCAGCUAAAGAUGAAAACCAAUCAAAGUAUUAUUAUAUUAUUAUUGGGAGGGGGAUUAAUUUCUCACCGUUCAACUUAAAGUCUCUGCCAAAUUAGAUGAUGGAUUGCCCAAGGCUUAUUGACAAUUAGGUGGAUCAGCAAGCAGGAGCCAUCUUCAAACUCAUAACCAUAUUAGCCACAGGUUCAAAGUUAGCAAAGCUUUCCAUUUAAUUCCCACUAUAAACACCAGGUACUCUAAUCCUCAGUACCUCUCUCCAUAAUUGGCUUUCUCAUUUAGGUGUUCCCGGCAAGGAAGGACAGAAGUUUGGCUGGGCUCAAAGACUUUAAGUCUGGGGCUUUUAGAUGAAAAGCAUAAAUGCCAUGGAAAUAAACUUGGAAAGCUCUUUUGGAAGUGACAGGCUAUGAAUACCAAACGGCAUGGGAGUAGUUGGGUCACAGUGCUCUUCAAUCUACAUCAUUGGGUGUGAGGCUGCCUAAGAGACUUUGUCUGCUAGCUAUCUCCUUUCCCAUAGGGGUUUGAGGGGUUCAACCUCAAUGUCGUCACUUGGGAAAUCAUAGUAGAAGUCAGAGUCUCAACCUCUGUGGAAUUAAUCCAAAAGCGCCCUGAAACUUGACAAUAUCGUAAUGGAUGUGAGCAUAAAAGCAGUGGCUAGGAACAAACAAGAGUUCACAAUGCCAAAAGCAAUGAGAGAUGAGGGCUCACCCACCACCCUACACCAACAGCUGUUAUCUGAGCAUCGAGAGCAUCCUGACUGGUUGCAUCACCGCCUGGUAUGGCAACUGCUUGGCCUCCGACCGCAAGUCACUACAGAGGGUAGUGCGUACGGCCCAGUACAUCACUGGGGCCAAGCUUCCUGCCAUCCAGGACCUCUAUACCAGGCGGUGUCAAGAGGAAGGCCCUCAAAAUUAUCAAAGACUCCAGCCACCCUAGUCAUAGACUGUUCUCUCUGCUACCACACGGCAAGCGGUACCGGAGCGCCAAGUCUUCUACCCCCAAGCCAUAAGACUCCUGAACAGCUAAUUAUGGCCACCCGGACAAUAGCACUGCCCCCCCACCCCAUCCUUUUACACUGCUGCUACUCUGUUAAUUAUUUAUGCAUAGUCACUUUAACUCUACCCACAUGUACAUAUUACUUCAACUACCUCAACUAGCCGGUGCCCCCGCACAUUGACUCUGCACCGGUACCCCCCUGUAUAUAUAGCCUCCCUACUGUUAUUUUAUUUUACUUCUGCUCUUUUUUUCUCAACACUUUUUUUGUUGUUGUUUUAUGUUUACUUUUUUGUUAAAAAUAAAUGCACUGUUGGUUAAGGGCUGUAAGUAAGCAUUUCACUGUAAUGUCUGCACCUGUUGUGGCCCGGCAAUAUUACAUGUGGCCCGGCAAUAUUACAUGUUCAUACCAAUGUACUUAUCAGGAUUGUUCACUUUUCAAUCAGCCAGGCAGGCAGGCAGUCAGUCAGUUAGUCAAUCAAUCAGUCAAUCAAUCAAUCAAUCAUCAACCUGUCAAUCAAAUAUUAUGUGGAUUACCCUUUUUACAAUGACAUUUAGCACAGAACUCUUAACAGACCUGGAGCUUAACCGCCAAAAGAACAACUAACACGAGGUUAAUUUAUCAUAAAGUCAAUCACAAUAUCAUAUUUAUGGAUGCCAUAGCUUGGUGCUCGUCAGAGCAGUGAGGGUUGAGGUUUGUUCAGAUCCUUCCCCUGCACUACCAUCUGUCCAGGAGUAGCCCAGGUGGAACCAUAAAUCACUCCUGCAUGGACAGCAGGUUGGGUUGUUUACCUGUGUAUGUAUAUGAGAGUGAAGACAGAAAUGUGUCCCAAAUUGCACCCAGUUCCUUUUAUAGUGCACUACUUUCGACUAGAGCCUAUGUUAAGUAGUGCACUAUAUAGGGAAUAGGGUUCCAUUUGGAAACCAUACUAUAUAUGACAAGAGGAGCCCAAGUGAAGCCAGAGGGUUCUGCCUGUCUGUGUUCUCUGACAGGACAAUGAUGGAGGGAUGACAGCCCAGCUACCCAGCACCAUCACUUCGUUCCACCAGACAGGCCUGAGGCCAGGGGAGGAGUACACCGUCAACCUGGUAGCUCUGAGGGACCAAGGCCGCAGCCAGCCCGUAUCCGCCACCGUCACCACAUGUAUGUAUGGUUCUGUGAUCACUCAAACCUCACCAAACCAUCAUUCACAAACUUCUAUCUAUCUACUAUGUCCAUAAACAUUUGGUUGUUGAAAUCCCUGCUUGUAGGUUUUUUGAGGGCGUAGACCUGUGGGUGUCUCGUGUAUGGCAUCUAUAUUAGGAAGUCCCUCAGUUUUCAGACUUAACACCCUCAGUUGGUUCACAGUUUCCACACACCUACUGCAGCUUUUGUUUCUGUAUUAUCCCCACGUCACUGAAAAUGAGUCUCUUUGCCACUGUUGUCUCUACAGUAUGUGUUCCCGUAUGCCCACCCCUACCCUGUUCUCUCCAUGUGAUACUCUUCAGGCUAAUCAGUGUAGCUCAGAAAAAGACCACUCAAGAUGUGGGGGACUCACACAUACACAUCUCACAUACACUACAUGCAUCACACGACUGAGACUAAUGGGAAAUGUCACCUUGACGAAUGACUUGGUCUGCCAGCAAUUAUGCACUUAAUGUAAACUUCACCCAGGAAUUCCUCAGACUGACAGUUCCAGACAGUGGGAUUAGAUUCAAUUGAACUUUCCAUAACAAUUCAAAUUACGUGUCCGCAGUGAAAACACCAUUAAUUUUCCAACCCAGGCCCACUGUCGGUUGUAAUUAAGGCAUUCAUAAUUCAUGAGCGUUCAUACAUUUUUCACCAUGUCCACCCACAGAUACCUUAUUGGAUAAAGAAAGACACAUUUUAAGUCACUCAAUUAUUUAUAGUCGUAAAGAUUUAGCCAUCCUUCUUUGAGGAAAGAAAAAAAAAAGAUAAAGAUACCAAACUUCUGGUGAGGGAAUGAGGGAAUUAAUUCUUAGCCAAGAAUCUUGAAACCCCGUGUGCGAUCUUCGAGGAAACACAGCAAACUGUUUUCUGUCAGGUUUAUCGCAUUAAUAGUUUAGCAGUCAAUUACAGUAAGUGUUUCAGGUGUUAAUCUUCAGGUCAGAAGAAAUGGAUGAGGUUUAGCUUAGUUUCAAGGCCUGUUGAAGCUGCAGAUGUUCCCUGCACCCUCAGUGAAAAACUAGUUAAUUGCAUGGACAGCCAAUUAGCACUCACUGAGAGAAACGUGACCAAUCAGAGGGCACCACUUUGACAUUGUUCCCUCACAGAAUGACAAUGCUAUAAAAGUAGUGUACUGUUCAGUCGAGCUAGCUACACUGCAACAUACAGUGGUGAAAAAAAGUAUUUAGUCAGCCACCAAUUGUGCAAGUUCUCCCACUUAAAAAGAUGAGAGAGAACUGUAAUUUUCAUCAUAGGUACACGUCAACUAUGACAGACAAAAUGAGGAAAAAAAAUCCAGAAAAUCACAUUGUAGGAUUUUUAAUGAAUUUAUUUGCAAAUUAUGGUGGAAAAUAAGUAUUUGGUCAAUAACAAAAGUUUCUCAAUACUUUGUUAUAUACCCUUUGUUGGCAAUGACACAGGUCAAACGUUUUCUGUAAGUCUUCACAAGGUUUUCACACACUGUUGCUGGUAUUUUGGCCAAUUCCUCCAUGCAGAUCUCCUCUAGAGCAGUGAUGUUUUGGGGCUGUCGCUGGGCAACACGGACUUUCAACUCCCUCCAAAGAUUUUCUAUGGGGUUGAGAUCUGGAGACUGGCUAGGCCACUCCAGGACCUUGAAAUGCUUCUUACGAAGCCACUCCUUCGUUGCCCGGGCGGUGUGUUUGGGAUCAUUGUCAUGCUGAAAGACCCAGCCACGUUUCAUCUUCAAUGCCCUUGCUGAUGGAAGGAGGUUUUCACUCAAAAUCUCACGAUACAUGGCCCCAUUCAUUCUUUCCUUUACACGGAUCAGUCGUCCUGGUCCCUUUGCAGAAAAACAGCCUCAAAGCAUGAUGUUUCCACCCCCAUGCUUCACAGUAGGUAUGGUGUUCUUUGGAUGCAACUCAGCAUUCUUUGUCCUCCAAACACGACGAGUUGAGUUUUUACCAAAAAGUUAUAUUUUGGUUUCAUCUGACCAUAUGACAUUCUCCCAAUCCUCUUCUGGAUCAUCCAAAUGCACUCUAGCAACCUUCAGACGGGCCUGGACAUGUACUGGUUUAAGCAGGGGGACACGUCUUGCACUGCAGGAUUUGAGUCCCUGGCGGCGUAGUGUGUUACUGAUGGUAGGCUUUGUUACUUUGGUCCCAGCUCUCUGCAGGUCAUUCACUAGGUCCCCCCGUGUGGUUCUGGGAUUUUUGCUCACCGUUCUUGUGAUCAUUUUGACCCCACAGGGUGAGAUCUUGCGUGGAGCCCCAGAUCGAGGGAGAUUAUCAGUGGUCUUGUAUGUCUUCCAUUUCCUAAUAAUUGCUCCCACAGUUGAUUUCUUCAAACCAAGCUGCUUACCUAUUGCAGAUUCAGUCUUCCCAGCCUGGUGCAGGUCUACAAUUUUGUUUCUGGUGUCCUUUGACAGCUCUUUGGUCUUGGCCAUAGUGGAGUUUGGAGUGUGACUGUUUGAGGUUGUGUACAGGUGUCUUUUAUACUGAUAACAAGUUCAAACAGGUGCCAUUAAUACAGGUAACGAGAGGAGGACAGAGGAGCAUCUUAAAGAAGAAGUUACAGGUCUGUGAGAGCCAGAAAUCUUGCUUGUUUGUAGGUGACCAAAUACUUAUUUUCCACCAUAAUUUGCAAAUAAAUUCAUUAAAAAUCCUACAAUGUGAUUUUCUGCAUUUUUUUUUCUCAAUUUGUCUGUCAUAGUUGACGUGUACCUAUGAUGAAAAUUACAGGCCUCUCUCAUCUUUUUAAGUGGGAGAACUUGCACAAUUGGUGGCUGACUAAAUACUUUUUUUCCCUACUGUAGAUGCUAACUACCUCUAUGGUUCACUAGGGCUAUGUCCUAAAUGGCACCCUAUCCCUUAUAUAGUGCAGUACUUUUGACCAAAACCCUAUGUGCCUUGGUCAAAAGUAACACACUACAUAGGGAAUAGGAUGCGAUUUUGGAUGCACAUUAGAUCAUGAACCCUGUCAUGUAGAUUUACCUCUCCUGUCCCCUACAGUGAUUGAUGGGCCGACGCAGCUGAUAGUGCGUGACGUCUCGGACUCGGUGGCCUUCGUGGAGUGGACCAAUCCCAAGGCCAAGAUGGACCAGAUAGUACUGCGUUACGGCCUGGUGGGAGGGGACAGGCCCUUUACCACCUUCCGUCUGCAGCCCACCCUCAGCCAGUACUCCCUGCAGAUGCUGAGGCCAGGCUCGCGCUAUGAGGUGUCCAUCAGUGGUGUUCGCAAGGGCAAUGAGAGUGGAACAAUCUCCACAGAAUUCAGCACCGGUGAGGACCAUACAACUAUAGGACUGUACUGUACAAGCAGCUUCUUCCGGAUUAUUUGAUGGAAUAAGUAGUUUUCAUGUGAACACAUCCAUCACUGUAGACACAUCCAUCACUGUAGACACAUCCAUCACUAUGGACACAUCCAUCACUAUAGACACAUCCAUCACUGUAAACAUAUCCAUCACUGUAAACACAUCCAUCACUGUAGACACACCCAUCACUAUAGACACAUCCAUCACUAUAGACACAUCCAUCACUAUAGACACCUCCAUCACUAUAGACACAUCCAUCAAUGUAGACACAUCCAUCACUGUAGACACAUCCAUCACUGUAGACACAUCAUCACUGUAGACAUAUCCAUCACGGUAGACACAUCCAUCACUGUAGACACAUCCAUCACAUCCAUCACUGUAGACACAUCCAUCAUUGUAGACACAUCCAUCACUAUAUAGACACAUCCAUCACUGUAGACACAUCCAUCACUGUAGACAUAUUCAUCACUGUAGACAUAUCCAUCAUUGUAGACAUAUCCAUCACUGUAGACACAUCCAUCACUGUAGACAUAUCCAUCACUGUAGACAUAUCCAUCACUGUAGACACAUACAUCGAAUAUAGUACCUACUGUACUCUUGGCUCUUUACAUUUUCACAAUGUCUUAUUUUACAAAUACAGUAAAGAAUGGCAUAGAAAUAGUCAUUAGUAAUUUUAUUUCCAUGGUCAUAUCAUCCUGUUUUAUGAUCUGACUUACUGAUGACACUGCACGUGGAAACCAUGUCCCACUUCUGAUGAUUGGUCUCAGUGGCCCCAACAUUGUCAGUUCUGUUGUUCCUCUCAGAGAUCGACGCGCCCAAGAACUUGCGGGUGCUGUCCAAGUACUCCACCACCCUGGAGCUGGAGUGGGACAACAGCGAGGCGGAGGUAGAGGGGUACCAGGUGGUCUACAGCACUCUGGCAGGGGACCAAUACGAGAAAGUCAUCGUCCCACUCAACGACGGACCCACCAGCAAGACCACACUCACAAGUGGGGAUAAUUUGGGUUUUUGUUACACCUCUGUUUUUAGGACAAAAUAAUGUAAUGUUGGUAACUCAUGAUUCACUAUAGUGGCAUUGUGUAGAAUGAUAAGGAUGUCUGUUGAAUGACUGAGUGAGAUUCAAAUGCCGUGGAUUUUAUUAAAACAUUUUCACUAAAGAGUAUUGAUAAGUUGCCGACAUGAACAGUUUUCAGAUGUGUGGGAAAUGGUAUGGUGUCUGUCUUACGUAAAGGGCAUAUCAGAAUUAGGGAAGGUCUGCGCGGGAUGACAGCAAUCAAUGCUCACCUCUCUCCAUUUCUGUAACCUGAUAAGCUCACUGUUGCAAUAUCGAUUUUGACUCUGAUUAAUUAUGCGCUUGGAAAAAGGUUAGCAGAAAUCUUAACAAAACAUAUUGAUGAACAUGGUAUGUGGCAAGCCCUUCAUUAUUAAUGCCGUUUUUAAUAGGCAGUUCUGAAAGGCUCCAUCUGCCUGCUCAUUCUUCCUCUUUAAUAUCAUCAUACUGUAUUGUCCGCCGGGGUAUUGCAUGGAGAGAUUCAUUCACAUAACCAGCUUAUGUUUAAUGGUUUUCUAUUCACAUUCAAAUUAAAAUCAAUAGUUGGCAUGGUAUUCUCUAUGUUUUGUCUCUGUCGUUGUCCAUCUGUCAUACUCUCAUUCUCUCUCUCUCUCUCUCUCUCUCUCUCUCUCUCUCUCUCUCUCUCUCUCUCUCUCUCUCUCUCUCUCUCUCUCUCUCUCUCUCUCUCUCACACAGACUUGUUGCCAGGUACAGAGUAUGGCAUUGGCAUAUCAGCUAUGCUUGGCACCAACCAGAGUUCUCCUGCCACAAUGAACGCCAGAACUGGUAAGUGAGUUAAUCGCCUGGCUCAUCUGUGCAAAUCAGUGAUCAGACACAGAAAAUCAUAACUACCAGUAUCAGUAAACACAAAUUCACCACCCUGUUCUCUUUUGUUUUUUUACAUGUUUUGUUUGUUUGAAUUUCAUUGAAGCAUGACAUUCAAAAAUCUGCUCUGAAUCAGAGAGGUGCGGGGGGCUGCCUUAAUCAAUGUCCACGUCAUUGCCGAGCAGUUGUUGGGGGUUAACUGCCUUGCUCAAGGGUAGAAAGGCAGAGUUUUCCACCUUGCCGGCUCAGGGAUUUGAACCAGCGACCUUUUGGUUACUGGCCCAACGCUCUUAGUCUAUGCAACUUAUUAUGUGACUUGUUAAGUGCAUUUUUACUCCUGAACUUAUUUAUGCUUGCCAUAACAAAGGGGUAUUUUUGUCUCUGUUUUAAUUAGCUGCACUAAAUCAAAUUCCUUACAGCUUUGGUUGGUAUGGCAAUCAAGAAUUGAAUCUUUAAUAAAAAUAGUUUUAUUGGUAUGUUCACUCUAUGUUGAUUAUACUUGAACUACUCUUUACUGUGUGUUUCAGUUCUGGAUGUCCCCAUGGACCUGACUGUGACAGCGUCCACAGACAACACCAUCACCCUGCUGUGGGGGUUGGUCCAGGGGCCUAUCGACCACUACAUGGUCACCUACACCUCCUCAUCUGGCCUGACCACGGAGGUGAUGGUCCCCAAGGACGUGACCACCACCACGCUCAAUGACCUGGAGCCAGUCACAGAAUACACCAUCACUGUAGCUGCUCAGAGGGGAAGGCAGCAAAGCACUGCAGCCACCAUCAAUGGCUUCACAGGUACUGGAACUGUACUUUACCAGGGCCAAGUAACUGACAUAACUGACAUUACAUUGUACUAUUAUGAAUAGCAGAGGUAGAAGUUGUAUAACCAUGGAAAUAGCAUUUACCCCAUCAAUUAACCAUCGUCAGAGGUUAUUUUCCCCUUCUAGGGAUUCUAUUGGGCUCUGGUCAAAAGUAGUGCCCUAUGCCAUUUAGAACGCAGUCUGGACUGUAACUGCACCUGUACCAGUUCCAGCGGCAGGUAGCUUAGCCAGUAACCGAAAAGUUGCUAGUUCGAAUCCCUGAGCUGACAAGGUGAAAAAUAUGCCGAUGUGCCCUUGAGCAAGGCACUAAAUCAAAUUGUAUUUAUCACAUGCUUUGUAAAACAACAGGUGUAGACUAACAGUGAAAUGCUUACUUACGGGCCCUUCCCAACAAUGCAGAUAAAUAAUAGAACAAAUAUUAACACAAGGAAUAAAUACACAAUGAGGAAUGAUAACUUGGCUGUAUACACAGGGUACCAGUACCGAGUCGAUGUGCAAGGGUAUGAGGUAAUUGAGGUAGAUAUGUACAUAUAGGUAGGGAUAAAGAGACUAGGCAACCGGAUAGAUAAUAAACAGUAACAGCAGUAUAUGUAAUGAGUCAAAAGAGUUAGUGCAAAAAGGGUCAAUGCAUAUAGUCCAGGUAGCUAUUGGUUAACUAUUUACAUAGCAGUUAUUAUUACAAUAGAUUGUACUAUUAGAUUAAUAGAAGAUGUACAGUAGUCUAUUAAUAACAUUUCAAAUAAACUGGAUAAAGGUGAGCGUUUUCAGUGAAGCUCUCACAUUCCUGAACAAGCAAUUAUGUGGCUGAAAAGUAGAGAUUAUUGCUGUUCUAGAGAAUAGGCUUGACAUUGCAUGUCAUGUGGAACUACUUUUGGGAAGGUGAAUACAAAUCGAGCUAUUAGGUAGUGUCAAUCUUUGAUGCAACAAUUAAUGUUAAUAAUUUACGGUUAGCUAUUACAUGCGCUUGUUAACCGCAUCACCAUUCUUCAUCAAAUUGACCCAUCCAACGGAGAAAAAAACGAAAUCAACAUUAAUCUUUCCUGUCCCUCUUUCUUUCACACUCAUCUACAUCUGUCUACCUCAGACAGCAAACUGUCCUGGCAGUCUUCAUAUUUCCAUUCCUUCUUCUUGUUCUGACAACACACUUCAACCAGUGUCUUUUAUUGGUGAAUCUUUCAAAAACAGCCAUGCCUCGUUGACGGACAUGUUUUCAUCCAGUCUCUGCUGUCAACUUUGACAUCCGUCCUUCGCUCGGCGUUCAGCCUCCUUCCAUUGUCACUGGCCUCCUACGCUGUGUGUAUUCCAUCUCUAGCUCUUCACUUCCACGCUUCCCCGUCAUGCUCAUUACUUUUCUGCCAGUCUCUCUGAGAAGGAGAGAACCUCCAGAGAGAGCUGCCCAUUAAUAACCAGCCAUGCCAUCCACUGACUGACUGACUGACUGACUGACUGUCCUUUGCCUGCCUGCCUGCCUCAGAACCCCAGCACCAUAUAUUGACAGCAGCUGUCCCUUACAGCCCUUCAUGACCAUGCAGCCGGUGUCUUUGACCUUUGACUUUCAGGCUUCCGCCCAGUCAUAGCGCUCUACUUGUCUGAUGUUACAUGGGACUCUGUGACGGUGGCAUGGAGCGCCCCUGCCCCACCCGCAGACCUCUACAUCCUCAGCUACAGCUCUGAGGACGGCACUGACACCUCCAAGGUUACCCUGGACGGAUCCAAGACCCGGUCCUCUGUCGAGGGACUCCUGCCCUCCACACAGUACACUGUCAGCCUUAUCACCAUACAAGGAGUGGUGAAGUCUGAGGCUGUCACAGCCACGCUCACCACAGGUAAGCUAUUUAUCUCUGCAAGGGGAAAUAGGGUUGUAUUCAUUAGGCACCAAAUGGAAGAAAACUGAAACAAUGAUAAACAAUCUUUUUUUUUGUUUCCCGUUGCAAAACGUUUUGCUAUGGCGUGCCCUAAUACAUACGACCCAGAGCUACGCUGGAGGUUCCCAUGGUCCAUGGUGGGUCACACAGGGACAACAACAAGGCUAAAUAACUACUGA